GGGGCGGGAGGGUGAGCCACGUCAUCUUCGGGCACCCAGUGCCAGCCGGGCAGUGGAUGGUGGGAAGCAAGAUGGCGGCAAGUGCCAGCAUUCGGGAGAGGCAAACAGUGGCCCUGAGACGUAUGUUGAAUUUCAAUGUGCCUCAUGUUAAAAACAGCACUGGAGAACCAGUAUGGAAGGUACUCAUUUAUGACAGAUUUGGCCAAGAUAUCAUCUCUCCUCUGCUGUCUGUGAAGGAGCUAAGAGACAUGGGGAUCACUCUGCAUCUUCUUCUGCACUCAGACCGAGACCCGAUUCCAGAUGUUCCUGCUGUGUACUUUGUGAUGCCAACUGAAGAAAAUAUUGACAGAAUGUGCCAGGAUCUUCGAAAUCAGCUCUACGAAUCCUAUUACUUAAAUUUUAUUUCUGCGAUUUCAAGAAGUAAACUGGAAGAUAUUGCAAAUGCAGCGUUGGCCGCCAGUGCGGUGACACAGGUCGCCAAGGUUUUUGACCAGUAUCUCAAUUUUAUUACUUUGGAAGAUGACAUGUUUGUCUUAUGUAAUCAAAAUAAGGAGCUUGUUUCAUAUCGUGCUAUUAAUCGGCCAGAUAUCACAGACACAGAAAUGGAAACUGUUAUGGACACUAUUGUUGACAGCCUCUUCUGCUUUUUUGUUACAUUAGGUGCUGUUCCCAUCAUCCGCUGCUCAAGAGGAACGGCCGCAGAAAUGGUGGCAGUGAAACUAGAUAAGAAACUUCGGGAAAAUCUACGAGAUGCAAGAAACAGCCUUUUUACAGGUGACCCACUUGGAACUGGCCAGUUAAGCUUCCAAAGGCCCCUAUUAGUCCUUGUCGACAGAAACAUCGAUUUGGCGACGCCCUUACACCACACGUGGACAUACCAAGCGCUGGUACAUGAUGUGCUGGACUUCCACUUAAACAGAGUAAAUCUGGAAGAAUCUACAGGAGUGGAAAAUUCCCCAGCUGGUGCUAGACCGAAGAGGAAAAACAAGAAGUCUUACGAUUUAACUCCAGUUGAUAAGUUUUGGCAGAAACAUAAAGGAAGUCCGUUCCCAGAAGUCGCAGAAUCAGUCCAGCAAGAGCUAGAAUCCUACCGAGCCCAAGAAGAUGAGGUGAAACGUCUGAAGAGCAUCAUGGGACUAGAAGGCGAGGACGAGGGAGCCAUCAGCAUGCUUUCUGAUAACACGGCUAAGCUCACGUCAGCAGUCAGUUCUUUGCCAGAACUCCUUGAAAAAAAAAGACUUAUUGAUCUCCAUACAAAUGUUGCCACUGCUGUUUUAGAACACAUAAAGGCUAGAAAACUGGAUGUAUAUUUUGAAUAUGAAGAAAAAAUAAUGAGCAAGACUACUCUGGAUAAGUCUCUCCUAGAUGUCAUAUCCGACCCUGAUGCGGGAACUCCAGAAGACAAAAUGAGGCUGUUUCUUAUCUAUUAUAUAAGCGCCCAGCAAGCCCCUUCUGAGGCUGACUUGGAGCAGUAUAAAAAGGCGUUAGCGGAUGCAGGGUGCAACCUGAACCCUUUGCAGUACAUCAAGCAGUGGAAGGCUUUUGCAAAGAUGGCCUCCACUCCCACCAGCUGCGGCAGCACCACCGCUAAACCCAUGGGUCUCUUAUCUCGAGUCAUGAAUACAGGGUCACAGUUUGUGAUGGAAGGCGUGAAGAACCUGGUAUUGAAGCAACAGAAUCUACCCGUUACUCGAAUUUUAGACAAUCUCAUGGAGAUGAAGUCGAAUCCUGAAACAGAUGAUUAUAGAUAUUUUGAUCCCAAAAUGCUACGGAGCAAUGACAGCUCAGUUCCUAGGAACAAAAAUCCAUUCCAAGAGGCCAUUGUCUUUGUGGUAGGAGGAGGCAACUACAUCGAAUAUCAGAAUCUUGUUGACUACAUCAAGGCAAAGCAAGGCAAACAUAUUUUAUAUGGCUGCAGUGAGCUUUUCAAUGCCACACAGUUCAUAAAGCAGCUGUCACAACUUGGACAAAAAUAACACAGAAGAACCGUCAGGGGUGAUCAGUUUGGAUAGAUGUCAAAGGAGCCAGAUGUGUCCUCCAUAGCAGUGCCCUAACAGUGCAACCUGUCAGAAUCAUUAAUUUUUAAAUAAAUUCUAUAUACUUCAUAUACUGUGUACUGAUUAAAAUAAUAAACCAUUUCAGAAGUAA